AUGCACUCAAAUUUCUCUACUCCUUCUAAACUAUCUUUUAACGAUAAGAAUGAUAACGAUAACAAUAACAAUAACAACAACAACAAUAAUAAUAAUAACAAAAAUCUAAAUUCAAUACAAAUUAUUAAAAGAAAAUCAGACUCUCACAAUCAAAGAUCUUUAGCUAAACCAAAAAUAAGUCUACAAAAUUUACAAACUGUUUAUAAAAAAGAUUCUCAAUCUGAUUCACUAUUCAAAUUACCCCAAGCCUCUUCCUUCACUUUUAAUUCCAAUCAAAAUCAAAAUUACAACUAUAAUCAAAACUCGCAAAAUAAAUCUGCUUUCUCUCUAAAAUACUCUUCCUCAAAUCAACUUGAAGAUUACUACUCAAAGGAAAUUCUAUCACUUGAAAAAAAAAUCCUAAAUCUAAACAACGAAAUCAAUCUCUAUAUCAACAAAAUUAACCAAAUUCAAAACAUAAACCUCGAUUACUCUAAAAAGAAAUCAGAAUACAAUCUCAAAAUCAAAAAAAUAGACCUACUAAUAAACUCAACAAUCAAACAAUUCGACUACGAAAACCAUUUAAUCCAAACUGAUCUAGACCACCAAUCAAAACUAUACAACCUACAACUAAAAGAACUACAAAAUAAUCAAAAGAGAAUCCUAGACUCAACCAUCCAAACAUUAAAAAACCAACUAUCAAAUACAACCUCUUUAAAACCAAACAAAUCUUUAUCAAUCGAAAUUGAAAAUCUCCAAAACGAUAUCAACAAUGCAAAUGUAAUCCUAAAUAACCUUAANAAAAAAAAAAAUAACAAUUUAUCAACCGAAAUCGCUAAAUUGGACCAAAUUUAUAAUAACUUUAUUCAGAAUGAAAAUUUAAAAUUAUCAAAUUUACAAGAUCAAAUCUCAACAAAAAACUUGGAACUAGAUAAAAAUUUGUCAAUAUUAAACCAAUUGAAAAUUGAUGAAAAAAAUUUCCUUCUUCAAAUUAAUGAAAUUAAAUCACAAUUAUCAAACAUUGAUAAUAACGAAAAAUCUUCUCAACUUUUACUAAACAGCCUUCAAUCAAAUAUAAACAGUUAUAAUCAAAAAAUUUCUCUCCAGAAUAACGAAUUGACUAAAUGGCAAAAUGAUUUAAAUCAAAGCAAUAAAUCGUUUUAUCAAUCUCUCAAUAAACUAAAUAAAGAAAAACUAUCAAUCAGAAGGACAGAAACUUCAAUUCAAGACUUAAAUGGCAAAUUAAGAGUCUAUAUUAGAAUCUUCAAUAACAACAAUAAUCUUUUUGCAUUUCCUGAUUCAAGAGAAGAUAAAAAAAUUCUAAAUCUAACAAAUGCCUCUCUCAAAUUUACCUUUGAUAAAGUUAUAAAUCCAGAUUUUGAUGAUUCAGAGAUUAUUGAAGAAACAAAAUGCUUAAUCGAACAUAGUAUGAAAGGUUCGAAUAUAUCAAUUAUCUUUAUAGGCUCAAAUUAUAACUCGUCGUCUUUUAUACCAGAUAGUAUAUUGGAAAAUAUUAAAAACUUAAGACUGAGAUAUGAAAAAAAUUUUAAACUUAAAAACUGGAAUUAUAAAUUCAAACUACAAUACAAUUCAAUUGACUUGCAAAAUAAUCAAUUUGAUCAAUUUAUAAUAACUGAUUUAUUAGAUAAGAAUUCCAAUAAUGUUGAAAUAAAAUUUAAAGAUUCUGGAAGAUUUGAUAUAAAUUCAAAGACAAUUGAUAUUAAUGAAGACGAUAAAGAGUUGUUUGAUUUAUCUAUUAAUAAAGAGGGCGGAUUAUCAAAUUCUAUUUUAAUUGGAACAAUUCAUGUUAAAGCUAGUAAAUCCACUCCAAACAGUAAAAUUAAAUUUGAUUCAUGUAUUUAUUUUAUUGAUUUUACAUUAGUUAAAGAAGAAAUAAAAUUAAAGAUAUUUGAAUAUUUGAAAAAUUUGAAAGACAUAUCCAGUUCAUCAAUAAACGAAAUGGAUUUAAUCAGUAGAAUUUUGAAGGCGAUUUAUUGCCAUACAAAAAGUUUGACUUAUUUUAUUAUAUCAAAUAAAGAUAAUGAGAAAAAUGUGAGUGAAAGUUCAAUAAUCGACACAAUGAUAUUAGCAGAACAAAUCAAUAAAAUGAGUUCUCCUUCCAAAAAAAAAUGUUUCUAG